GGACUCAGUAUCUGAAAUGAGUCUGCUUUUGAUGUAGAUGUAUUAUGCAAAUAUAUGGUAGGAGUAUGUUUGUGCUUGUUGUGCAACAACCUCGAAGAGCCUUCCUGUUUGGGCUUCUCCAAGCCGCCCACUUUCAAGUUUCGUCUUUUGCUGUCUGCUAUCAUUUACUUAUCUCUGAGUCUAUCAUUGGUUGCUUUUCAUUCACUUCAAGAGCGACUCUUGCGACUCGAAUAUGGCGGCUACAACACUUGCAGCAAAAGCCACACAAAAGAAGUCUCGAUCAACCAUCGGAGCACCAUCACAGCGCAACCAGUCAAGUCGAAAAGGCAAGCGAGCUUGGCGGAAGAAUGUUGAUAUAGAUGAUGUGGAGGAGGUUUUGGAGGAGAUUCGGACAGAAGAAAGGAUUACAGGUUCUGCCCUGCACAAGAAGAAAGACGAGGACUUGUUCCAGAUCGAUGUCACAGGAGAUGAGACUGUUCGCAGACAUUUGCCAAAAUUUUCAACGUCUCAGUUGACGUCCGCUAAAAUUCUUGCUCAACGGUCGGCCGUACCCGCUGUUGUGUCUCGUACAACCAGUUCGUCGACUCAUAAACGCAAACUCACUCAUGAAGAGAAGGACAGACUGUUACGAAUGGGUAAACGCAUGCGGAAAGGUCCUUUCAAUGGUGUUAUAGAUCCAACUGAAAUGGGAGCGGGAAGCGCGCUGCUCGAGGUCAGCGAAGCAGUCAAAGCUAGUGGAGGCUAUGAUGUAUGGGGUACUGCUGAUGAAUCGGAACCUGACUUCAGUGGUGUUGUUCCAGGCAAGAUGCCUGCGGUCAAGGCGCCAGUUGUUCCUCAUCCGAGAAAACAUAUAACAGUCCCUGCAGUUCCCGCACCUCACGAAGGGACAUCGUACAAUCCGCCCGUCACUUCACACCAGUCAUUAUUGCUUACUGCACACGAGAUUGAAGCCAAGCGUGUGAAAGAGGCGGAAGAGAUGAGACAGGUGAGGGACAAAGUGGAAGAAGCGAGAAAGGUCGCGCAACAAGAAGGCGGAGUUCUUGGAAUGAAAUUGGACGAGUCUAGAGAGCAGGAGGAUGCUGAGGUAGACGGAGAAGAUAAGACUAGGCCGACGAAAAAGAUACCCGAGCGCAAGACCAAGCAGGAAAGGAUAAAGGCUGCCAAAAGGCAAGCUGAGAAACGAGCGCUGCUUGAAAAGGUAGCGCAAAAGCGUAUGCUCGCAAACGUAUUCGCGGCCAAAGCAUUACGCAAGUCUGUAACGAAGAAGCAAUUGGCCCGCGAACAGCUACGAACAGAGCAGAAACAACAAGCUGAGCAAGAACGGCUGAAGAAGGGUCUUGCUGGUCAGAAGCUAGGAAAACAUGUCGUGCCGGAGGGUGCGAUUGAUGUUCAACUCGGCGAAGAGCUAUCUGAGAGUUUGCGUGGGUUGAAGCCUGAGGGCAACCUCUUCCGCGAUCGAUUCCUCAACAUGCAGCAUCGUGCUCUCGUGGAACCCCGUGUCCCCGUACUGUAUGUCAUUCUUGUUUUCAUUUCAUCUAUUUCUGUCUACUUACGGCGAAUUUACAGCCCCAGAAAACGCAAGAACAAGAUGAAGGAGUACGAAAAACAUGCCUUCAAACGUUUCGACAGGGACAAUUGAUUCCUUCUCCUUUUCACACACUGCAUGAUAACCUACAUGUUAUAUGUCAUCUAUGUUGUACAACGAGAGCAUUCCAUGGAUUUCGACGACCGACGACAAACAACUAAAUGACAACUGAAUAUGCUACACAUCAUGAUCAAGAGAAAAGCAAACAAUUUGUACCGAGUCUAUCGCGAGGGAUCUAAUGACCGUCACCUAAGAAGUCAAUGUGGUUCUGGUUCUGGUUCUGAUUCUUAGGAGGCUUGACAAUGAGGUCGGAUUGUUGGCUGAAAGUUUUCAAUUAGAAAACGUUUUCGCACAGGGUAUCGGUAUGAUAAGUACGCACAGCCUCAUACGUAGGAGGAGCUUGCGGUUCGUGCUCUGAAUGUCCGCGCCAGACUUGACGGCACGCGAAAAGAGCUCUGCACGCUGGUCCA